AUGUUAUAAUCUAUUGAGAAAUUAUUCAAAUUGAUUUGCUUAAUAAUUCACCCAUCAACUUCUUAGAAAUAAUCUGAAGUGUUACAUUAUAUGUUUACAAUACUCAAUAAAUUUUAAGAAUUGUAUUUGAUUUAGGAUUCUAUAUAAUAAACUGGAAUGUUUACUAAGUAUGAUUUUAUAUAAUUAGUUCAAUAACUUUAAUAAUUGAGUACUUUUUUGUAAUCAAUAAUCUCAGCUCAUCUUAAUUAGGAAUUGUUGUAAUCCUUUUUUUUACUUUGCAUUUAAUAUUGGUGCUUUUGAUAAUCAAAUUUAUUUUUCACCACGAUUAACCUACUCAAACCAUUAUUCAUAAUUUUCUAAUUAAUUAUCCAUUAAUACUGACUAUACCUAUAAUGUAUACAAGUUUUUCCAUAUUUCUUAAUGAAUCCUUUUUUAAAUUAUCAAGUGGAAAUUCAAACAAAGAUUUAUGUUUUUUCUUUUCAAUUAUGAAUUUAAUAUUUUUAACUAUAGUGACUGUGAUUCACAUUUACUUUGCUCGUUGUGAAACACUAAUGGAUGAUAAUAAUAUUUUAAAAUUGGAUAAGUCAAUUACUAAGAAAAUUAUGGAAAAUUUACUUUUACUUUCGAUUAUAGCUUUAAAAUCAUCUAAUGAAUUACAAUCAUUAAGAGUUAUGUUAUUAAUAAUUAAGUAUUUAAUUUAUAUAACAUCAUCUUUAAAAUGGAUAAAUGAAAAAAAUUUCAUAAUUAUUGAAAGUAUUUCUUCUGUCAUUUCUAUAGGAAUUGUACUCAAAUUAUCACUUUUAGAUAUUCUUUUAAUUGCUUUGUUAAUAUUAUCAAUAUUAGUUUAAAUUUAAGAUCAUUGUUUAUCAUUUUAUAUAACAACAAAAAAUUAGGAUAAUUUUACUACAAUCUAGGUAUUCUAUAAUAUUUAACUAUUAUUAGAUAAUCUAACAAUGUCUUAGAAUGGGUUCCAAUACUAAACAUGCAAUAAUUCUCAGAACUAUAACAAAUAAUCAUGUCUGUCCAAGAAAGACUAAAAGUAGUGAUGAGACAAUUACAGUUUGUUUAUUAAGAAAAAUGGCUAAUACUAAGGAUUAAUCAAAUUUAAAUAAAAACAUAUUAAUUUAUUGUUAAUACAUAGCUAAUAAUGCUCCUUUAAAAGGAUUAAUUAAAUUGAUAACAAUAAAAACAGAAGAUUUAUAUCAUAAAUCCUCAUAUGCAAAUUUAUGCACAUUAUUAUAUGAGAGAGUUAAAUAAUUUCAAUAAGAAGCUUAGUUAAUUAAUGGAAAAAAGAGUUCUAAUGAACAUAUAAAUUAUCUUGAUGCUGAGUCUGCAUUUACUACAACCAAAUCUAAUUAAGAAUUGUUUCCAAUUCUAAAUUAGGCUUUAAAUGCUAAAAUAUAAUUUUGGUCAAAAUUAAUAAAUGGUUAUCAAAAUAUCGACAAUCUUUUAUCUGAUACUCUUAAAACAACUGAAAAGAUGUUAAAAUGCAAAUAAUUAUUUGAAGAAAGAUUUGAUUUUGAAAAUUUAAAAUUAAAAAAUGGAAAAUGUACAGAUGUUAUAUCAAUGAGAAUUUUAUAAAUGUUUUAUUCUGGAAUUUAUACUAAUUCUUAUUUAUCCUAUUUACUUGAGAAAUAGAUUGAAGAUUUAUUAAAAAGUGAACGAUUUAAAGAGGAAUAAUCAUUGGAUAAUGUUUAAUUAAUUGAAAGUAUGAGUUUUGUUUAUUUUAAUUAUAGAUAGAAUAAUAAUACUAAAAACAAGCUUAGUUAGAAAAAGAGGAGAACUUAUUGAUAUAAAUAUUAAACAGUUAAGUUAAUUUUUGAAUGAAAAGGAUGAAGCUAUUAAACAUAUUAAAAAUUGCACACAAUUAAUGCCUAAUUUUUUAGCUUAAAUACAUGAUAAUUUAAUGGAUAAUUAUAUUUCAAAUGGUUAUUCUAAAUUAAUGAUUCAUGGAGAAUCCAGUUUUUAUGAAUUAUUGUCUGGAUAUUUAGAACCAUGUAAUAUAAACUUAUAUAAUUUUUAUGAUAAUCAAUAAGAUUUUAUUCUUAAUAUGAUUUUGACUAAAGUUUAAUCAAAAAAUGAAACUAUCCUAUUUGGUAUUGAUGGUAAAAUUUUAGGAUUUACUAAAUAAUUUUAUGAUGAAGCUUUUCAAGAUUAAACUAUUAAUUCUCGAUAAUAACUUUCAAUAUCAGAAUUGUUAAUUAGACAACCAUUGAUUGCCUUUUACAUUCCAUAAAUUAUAAAUCAAACACAGGAACUUUAAUCUUAAAUAAACUCAUCAUCAAAUUAUUUACUCAAUAAUUUAAAAUCAUAAUGGAUUAUUCCUGAUAAUCAUUUAGAUGCUUUAUAACAUUCUGCUUUCAUAUUAUCUCAAUUUAAAAAGAAGCAAGAUUAUUCUAAUUUUAGAUCCUUUAAAUCUUAGACAUAAUCAAGAUUUUCAUAAAAUUCAUAAAAUACUUAAAUUGAAAAUUAUGAAGAUAAAGAUUUCUCAAAAGAUUUAAAAAAAUUAAUAAUGAUUUAAGAUAAUCCAAUUAUAUUAUUACAUCCUGAAUAUAAUUAAAUAAUUGCACGUUCUAUUACAUAUGAUAAUAAUUAAAAUAGUUCUCUUGAAAUUCAUUACAGUCUGUAAUAUAAAACCUUAGAUUUAAAAAAAAAUUAAUUUGGAUACUUUUAAUUAUCAAUAAAAGAAUUUAAAAAAUGGAUGACUACACUAUCUUAAGUGGCACCAACAACUAAUUAAACAACUUAGGAUAAUUAUUAAUUAUAAUCUGUAAAUUUAAUUAGUGAUAAUGGAUUGCAAAGUAAAUCUUAUCAAAUAAGUAAUGUAAAUUCAGAAAUUUCAGAAAAGUUAGAUGAAGGUUUAAAAGAUAUAAGACAAAUUUAAUAUUUUAACUUAAGUUAAUCAAAUUUUAAAGAUAAUAAUAAUAGUGCCAAUUAAUCUAAAAUAUAGUCAAUAUCUAAUUCAAGAUUAAUUGUAUAAAAAUUGGGUACUACUGAAAGAGCUUAUGAAUUAGAGUACUAAACUGUUGGUCAAUAAUCACUAGCUACUAAUACAAGAAGGUGUAGUUCAAAUUUAUUUUUAUAAUCUCAAUUUUCCAUUUAACCUUUAUAUAUAUAACCAAAAAUAUUUGAUAAAAAAAUAUCAGAAGAAGUAAAUGAUAUUGAAAAUGAAAUGAACUCUAUUGAAAAUUAAGGACAGCUAAAAGAACAAUUAGAAAAAAUUUAAAUAAACCCUAUUAAUGAUGACUAAGAAGAUUAAAUAGAUUAAAUAGAAGUUGUCUAAUCAAAUAGUCAAAGUGAAAAAAAGAAAUUAAACCUAUUAGAAAAAUUCUAAAAAUCAUAAUUACGAAAACAAAAGGAAAAUUAUGGAGAUUUUUAGUCAAAUCCAUCAAGAACUUCAACUAGUUCUACUUCGAAAGAGGCACUAACUAUUGUACAACAAUUGUAUGAUAAUAAAAAAUUAAUUAAUCCGUUAAAGAAAAUUUCAUUUCUAUUUGUAUUAAUCUGUUGUGGUGUAUUUAUAAUUAACAUAAUCAAUGUUAAUUAAAUAGAAAAUAAUUUACUAACCUAAAUUGAUUAAAUCAAUAAUGUCAAAAAACCAUUAAAUAUUAAUUAUUUUUACUUUGGGGCAUUGUUUUAGUAAAUAUGUAAAAUGCUUCAUUAUAUGAAUAUUUUAGAAUUAAGUCCUCAUUAAGUAAAUAGAAUAGAAGAAUAACUUGUAAAAAUGUAUUAAUAUGGAAGAGAGAUUAUGUUUGAUCAUAUAGUUGAUGUUUCUAUUUUGGCUAAGGUUAUAGAUAUUACUACAUUUCCAUGUAAAAUUAUUGAGAAUAAUGAAAGAGUUACUUUAAAUACAACUUUACAUGAAUUUUACACUAUUUAUUUUGAGCUUGCUGAAGAUUUAUAUAGAAGAAAUUUAAAAUGUUCUAAAGAUUGCGAUUAUUUUGAUCUAUAUACACAUGGUUUUAUUCGAUAAAAUUUAGUUAUCAUGAUGGAAUUUCAUGAUUAAUUGAUUGAUUAAAUAACUUAAUUUACUUUGGAAAAACAAAACGAAGUUAAAGGAGAUUUCUUAUAAAUAAUGCUCGCUGAAAUGAGUGUAAUAUUAUUAAUAGUUGGAAUCUAAUUGAAAAUCUGGUUAUUUAUAGAUUAAAUUACCAAACAUAUAAUAUUUUUGAUUUCAAGAUUGAAUGAAAUCUAGGCAAUGGAUUAGAUAUAAAAAUUAUCUCUGAUUAAAUAUUACAUAGAAACAGAAAGUAACAAUCAAUGGAAAAUUACUAAUUUUUCUGAUUUAAUGUUCAAAUAUUUAGAAAAUAAGAAAGUUUAAAAAGUCAUUAUAAUAAAUUAAAAAGAAUCAGAUAAAAUAAAUAAUUAUAAAUCAACCACAGCUUUAUAUUCAAGAAUCUAAAAAACUUAUUAUAUUAAUAGAAUUAAUAUUAUUCUUACAUUUAUGUUAUUAUUGACCUGGCCUUUAUAUUUAAUGACUGGUUACUUGAUUCAUAUGUAAAAUAAUAACGACUUUUAACCUUCAUUAGAGGUCACAUUAAACAUGGUUCAGUUUCGACAUAAUAUGGAUGCAACUGCUAUUUUAGCUGGCAUAAUCAAAACUGAAAAUUUACUACCUAAUAAUGAUCUAAACUAUAUAAAUCAAACUUAUAUUAUAGAAUUAUUUUUAGAGCUUAAGAAUAAUUUAUCUCCUAUCAUUAAUAAUAUGGCCACUGUUGUGUUAGAUAAUGCUAAUUAGAAUAAUGAAAAAAGUAGAUUUGAUGAUCUAUUAAAUAAUGAUUUAUGUUUAUCUAGUAAUUCUUCUGUGCUUGUAAUGUGUGAGCCAAAUUUAAUCACGCUAUAAUAUUAUGAGUAAUUAUUUAUGUUAUUUUAUAGCAAAGACGAUUAUAGUUAUAUCACUAAAAAUGGAGCUUUGGGAUUAGUAGCGGGAUUUAUUAAAUUUAUAAACUAAGAUUUCAACUACGAAUUUACAACUUUACACUAUAAUCCUAAUCUUACUGAGAACUAUGAGGAGAUUAAUACACAAUAAUUUAAUAGUUUUUUAAUAUCAUAUUCUACUGAUAUAUUAGAAGUAAUGAAAAUGUUUCUAAUUUUACUUUAAGAAGAAAACAAAUCAAUAGCUGAUCAGAUUAUGUCUAUUAUUUAAGCAUAUUAUUUGGGAUUUGGAAUUAGGUAAUUAAUAAAUAUUUUAUAUAGUCUAUUUUUUAUUUUUUCUCUAACAUCAAUAUUAUGGAUUUAUUUCGCUUAAAAACAGAUGAAUUCAUUAAGAUAGAUCUUAGUCUUAAUCCCAGUUGAUCUGAUACUUAGUGCAAAUAUCAGAAGCUAAGCCAAAGAAAUACAUAGUUGGUUAUACUCAUGA